AAAUUUUGGUGCGGUUGGCAGACAUGGCGACAUUCGUCAAAUUGCAAUUUAACAACCGUCAUUAAUCGAUUGUUUUCAUCAAAUUACAACAAACGCACCAAUUUCUCAAUACACAUCAACAGUAAAACUCAAUUAACGGACAAAUAACACGAAAUUGCACCUUCAUUUGAUUAUUGUUUGAGGUUAUGUCAGGAAUCAACAAUGUCUCAACAAGAAAAAUAUAAACAUUCUUUAAGCUUGCUUAACAAUACUACAACAAUUAACGACUCGGCAUAUAAAAAACUGCUAGAGAACUGUUUUGCGGUGCUCAGCGGUAAUACGGAGCCGCACAGCACUACAAGUUUGUACAACUCAAAGCCGGACGUACUGAAGGAAAUUUACGCUGCCCUUUUAUCAUUCACAGCGGAUUCAGUCAGAAACUCUGUUACAAGGGAUGAUUUGCAACAAUUUUUAACCAAAUGUUCUUUGGUUAGUGUAAAAGUAAAUAUGUACUGUGAUAUGUAUGAACAACACAAGAAAGAUAUAGAAACUUCGUUGCUAAACAUUGGCUCACAUUUACCACACAUAACUGAUGUCAACUGGAAAAUAGACUACAUAAUUAAAACCAACAUUUUAGAUGAAUCAAAUGGUCCAAUCUUUAGGGUGUCAUUGUUAACUGAACGGUUUGAUGUUGUGGAAGGGCAGAAGAAAUUGAAAAAUGUUAAUUUUAGUUGUACAGGACAAGAAUUGCAAGAUUUAGUCUACAAAUUGAAAGAUAUUGUUCGUCAUUGUCAGAGAUUAACUGUUGAUCAUUAAAAUUUAUUAUUUUCA